AUGCAGUUUGUCGCCGCUGCGCCCCGGGCGGGGGACCGCCUGGAAACGCUGUCGAUGAACGUGGGUGUGGCGUUUCCCCAUGACUUAUUGGGUCUGAAUGAGAAGUACGAUGAAUUGCUGGUGGACAGUAUUAUUGUGAACACCGUCUUCCUUGAGUACGUCGUGGGGGGCUUUCCCGGCGAGGAGGGCGGCGGGGGCGGGGGCGCGGCGGACCCAAACUACAGCGUGAGCCAGUCCCGCGAGGUUCUUCCCUUCUACCAGGAGGGGGACGAGGCACUGCUGGACUUCCUGACGGAGCGGGCAAAGGAGGGGAACUCGGUGCGGCUCAUUGUGCACGGAAACAAGCGGAUUUGGGUCAAGACAUCUACCGACUUUAACAAUGCCCAUCUGCGGCGCACGGACUUUGCGCAAAGUGGGUCGUCGUUUCCUCCCGCACUGGCGGAUUCCUUGGCCUCGUCCCGCUCGACUGGAAAGGCUGGGGACGAGGCGUACGUGUUGCUUGUCCAGGGCUACGUCCUCUGCAAAAACUGCUUUUAUGGCACGGGGAACGGCUCAGCUGGCCCGCCGCUUGCUGCUUGCUCGCUCCCCACGCUUAACCUUUCGUGGGGGGCGUUUCUGGAGCUUCUGAUUUACGGCUCCGCCUGCUUCUCCCUGGGUUGUGGCCACGACCCGAGCCGUGGGGUAUGUAUCUCGUUCCUCGUGUUUCCGCGCACGAGAGGGGAGGUGACGGUAACCAUCGUGGUGGAGCCGCUCACCGUCUACGACAUUGUCACUCCGCCGGCGACGAUGCCCGCGUGCGCUGACGCCGUUGAGCUGUACCUGACGACUGAGAAGGAGGAGCUGCUGCGGUGCGUCGGGAGCAUGGCGGCCGCCGUCCGAGCCAUGACCGCGGCGCAGGCACAGCUGCAGCAGCAGCAACAGCAACAGCAGAAACCACCCUCACCUCCGCCUCAGCCCUUGCAGCUGCCGCAGACAAAAACUCUUAAGCCUCCUUUUGCUUCGCUGCUGCAUGGGCGCGGUUUGGUGCAGGGGGACGCUGCGGAGUUUGACGCGGAAAUGGGCACUGUGCUUCUGCGACGGGCGGAGGAACUUCUCCGGCUCAUACCGUCCCUACAGAGAGGCGAGGACUUGACGCUUCUGCGCCUCAGUGAAUUGGCGGACCUGAUGGCGGACUUCACGGAGUGGUACAAGCAUGGGAUGCUGCUGGCGGAGCGGCGCAGCGGGCGGCCGCCCCCACUUGUGGAGCUCGCCGCGUUUGAAGACCACAGCUGGGCGUACUGCCCGCAGGACAACAGCGGACUUCGACUAAACGAGCCCAGUUCCCUUGUGGCGCUGGCGCUGCAGGCCUCGAGCCUGUCGCCUGGGGGCCGGCGCGAGUGUCUGCUGGGCCCCGCGGGGAGUGAUCCGCUACCGCUCGCCCCGCCCGCGUCCAAGCAGGGCGCGACGAGUGAGCAGGAGGCCGUCAUGGCCGACAGCGCCGACGGGGACGCCUCCCUCGCCGAGAUGGAGGAGGAGGCGACGCAGGUGUUUCUUGAGGACUCCAUGGCGGUGAUGCUCGGCAUUGAACCCUCUCCGUCGCCGGGCCUUCAGCCCUCCUCCGUCUUUAUUCGCUCUGCGGCGGACGCCUUGGAACUGCUUGCCAACCGCGGCCCCGCGUCGAAGACGGCCUUCAAGCACGCCAUGGACGUCAUUCUCCCCUGGGACAAGGCCGGGGCGACGACGGUGACGGUGGAGGUCAUGUUUCCAGAGCAGUUCGCCGCCCUCCAGUACCUCUACACCGGAGGCCGCACGGAGGAGAUGAUGUUUUCGCUCUCCCGCACCCGCGCCUUUAAGCCGCAGGGAGGGAAGACGAAAUCGGACUUCUUCAUCACGCUCGACCAGCGCUUCCUGAUGAAGCAGCUCAAGCAGGCGGAGCUGAAGCACUUUGCCGAGUUUGGGCCCCACUACUUUUCCCACAUGGCCCACAUGUACGGCCGGCUGGAACGCCGCGGCGAGCACGACGCCGACGCCGUCGCCGCCGCACCGCCCGGGAGCGUGCUCUCUAAAAUUUUUGGCGUAUUUUCAAUACACGUCAAGCGGACGCGGCGGUUUUUGGAAACGCCGGCCGAGGUUCGUUACUACGCCUUGAUGGAAAACGUCUUCUUCGCCCGCCGGGCAGACGUCAUGUACGACCUGAAGGGCAGCCAACGCAACCGCACGGCGGUGGAGGGGUCGUCGGUGCUCCUCGACCAGGACCUCGUCGGCACGCUGCAAAAAGGGGUCUUCUUCUACUGCACAAACGACGCGAAGAGUCUUCUCAUGGACAGCUUGACGAGCGAUGUCCAGCUGCUCGCGGCGGCGUCCAUCAUGGACUACUCCCUCGUCGCCGCACUCAGCGAGGCGGACCGCCAGCUUUCGCUCGGCGUGAUCGACUACCUCCACCCCUACACCGGCGCGAAGGUGCUGGAGUCGAAGGUGAAGGCCGGGAUCGACACGGUGCUCGGGCACGCCGGCCGCGACCCCACGAUCAUCGACCCCGCCAGCUACCGAAUGCGCUUCACGCGGCGGCUCGGGGGCUACUUUUGCGGCGUUCCCGACAAGGGGUUCGCCGCCCGACGCGCCAUGGCGAAGGACAACCGCCGCAGCACCUAUUAG